UCCCCGAGGGCAACGAACAAAACAUCACCGUCGUCCCAGGAGGGAUGAAAAAAAAGUAUAAAACCCUUCGUGACGGACGAUUAAAAUCUUUUGUCUGAAUGGUGACCCCCCUCCCCCCGGUUUCAAUUUUGUCGAUGUAGCUCGUUGAUCAUUUCCAGCUUCCCCAAACCGACACCCCAAAGCAGAACAGCCACAAUGGCUCGAAUUCCUGUGGGCAAAGUUCUUCUACGAAACGUCAUUCGUCACACAGAUGCACACAACAAGAUUCAAGAAGAGUCAGAGAUGUGGAAAAUUAGAGAAAAAGAGAAGCAAACACGUGAGAUGAGACUUUUCCAGCGAAGAAGGAAAUCCUGUGAGAGUUUGCCGGGCAAUAGAAUGCGCUGUGAUGGGUACGAUGAAGAGGAUGAGGAGAAAGAGAGAAAAGCAAACUCUGCUGCUCGUAAGCCAUUGACCACUCCACAAGAUGAGCGUGAAACAAGAUACUGGACAAAGAAGCUGUAUGAGUUUGAAGCAAGUGAUCCGAACAGGUGGGGCCACAGUGGCUACAAAGAGCUUUAUCCAGAGGAAUUUGAAUCUGAGAGUGACCAUAAAGAUAGCAGCGAUGAACGCACUGCCAAUGGAACAAAAGCCAUAUGCUUGAAGUCUUCAAAAUCAAACUCGCGAAAACGCAAGCGAUCAAGUAAAUCAAAUAAAAAGAAACGCAAGAAGAAAUCUAGCAAAAAGAUGAGGAGGAAGAAACAUCUACGGAGCAGUGAUUCUUCAAGUGACAGUGAAAGCUCAGAGGAGGUGGAUUCUGAUCAGAGGAAAAGAAGGAAAGCGAAGAAGAAGCACCAUAGAAAAACUACGCGAAAGCAGAAAAAGUUAUCAUCCACCUCCUUUGAAAGUGAAAGCAAUUCGUCACACAGCAGUGAUUCAGACACAACUAGCAAAGAUGAAAGUGAUUCUGGGAGUCAGCUGGAGAAAAGGAAAAAGAAAAGAAAGAAAAAGCGUCACAGGAAUAUUCCCAAAGAUGAUGGUGAUAAAGAAAUAAAAAAUAGCCGAAAGAAGAGAAAAAACUGGAAAAUAGCACACAAUGAUACUUCAGAUGACAGUGGAGAAGAUGACUUGAAUUAGAUUUGUACCUUGAAAGUCUGUUCUCGAGUUCUUAAGGAAAUUACUUGAAUCGUGUAAACUGAGUCAGACUAAGAACAUAAUUUUGGUUUUACUGACUUAGUUCAAAAAUUGUUUAGUGCUAGUUAUGAAUUUACAUUUUGUGCUUCAGGAUAUCGUUGCACAAAGCAGGCCGUACUCCAGAAAGCUCUUUCACUUGGUGUAAAAGUCUACUUUAUCUAUGUACCACUGCGCUGCCGCCGUAAGUGAUAAGGUGUGGGAUUAAGAGUUUAGGAGCUAGGCCUGUCCGAAGCAGAACCAGUGACAAGUUGCUCAAAAGCUGCUUAUCUUCUCUUGGUUAUGAAUGCUUUUCUGUACCACACCAAAAUUCUGGAAAGAUAUUGUCGUUGACUUCAGAGUUACCUGUAAUAUAUCAAGCUCUGUGUCUAAUUUCAUUUUGCAGAACUGUUCGGUCAUUCCAAACAGGCAAAGUCCAUGAAGUUGCUUAGCACUUAAAACUGCACUCUGCAAUUUUGUCACUAUCAUUUUGCUGGGAACUUGAGCUGUUACUUCUAGAAAGGUGGAGAUUAUGGCAACCUAAGUGAUCUUUGUUCUGGUUUGUAUAAUCUUUCUGACUUGAGCUAUAUCAAUUGUCAUUUCCCUGAUGCAGUGGAAUUGCUUUUUGUUUAAGAAGAGGCGGUAUGAAGCAAAAUUACGAUUGGUGAGAAGAAGGCAAGAUGAUCUUACUGAUCGUGCAAUGUGCCCAGCUGCUGAAACUUGAAUAGGUCAGCCUGCACAAUAAUGAAAGUCUGCAGUCAGAGAGAUUUUGAUACUGUGCUCCUGAAUGGCAGGAUUUGCUUUUGAUUGAACCAAGUGCUUGCAGCUCUCUCUGCAAUCUAUAUCCUUUGAUCCAUUCAGUGAUUAUAUGCGAAAGAGCACUGCAGCAGCUGUGUAGUUCCCUAAAAGCUCCAAACCCCAAUCCCUUGAAACUCUAAUCAUUUGAUUGACUGAUUUCUGUUUUUAUUACUUACACUUAAUUAUCUUUGCAAAAUCCACAGAUUUUAGAACAAUGAUUAACUAAAAAUGGUCAAAGUAAAAGCAGAGAUGAUGGGCAACUUCUUUUAAUGUGUUGGUUUAAUGAAGUACUUUUUUUCAUUUUUAUCUUUCAGACUAGAAGAAUUUUCACUUCUGGAGUGUUUUUUUCCCUUUAGUUUUCUUUCUGGCUUAUGGACACAGUUCAGUGGGUACACUGCUCACAGGGCCAUUUCUUAUGCCUUAGCCUGUACAGUAAAUAUUGGCAGAUAAUAUAAACAUUUUAUUAACUGUAGCUGAGCCCAAUCAGAUGUUCACUUAAUGCACACACACAUGCACUUUCCAAAUGGUGUUUUGAAUCAAGAAUCCAUAAAACUCGGGGAUGCUGAAGCUUGCAGUGACCCUCUCACCUGCUAUGCUGCCUACAAUCAUGAACAUCACUCAAAAUAUAAAGAUCUUCUGGUCUUUGUAGCUUUUUUUGUUGAUUUGUUGAAGACUUAAUAGUGUGAGCUUUUUCCAUACUCGAUUAUUGUUUUUCCCUACCCUUUCUUCCCCAGGUUCUUCUGAUUGUCAGGUUCUUAUGGGAUAGAGUUGAAGGAGCAUUGGUAGCUCUCAGGCUGUUCCACCCAAUAAUGAUUUGUUGUGCAAGGCUGGACAGAAGAUGUCGGCGGGCUGCUUGGAUAUACAGCUCCAGAAUGGUUUUAUUGUGAUUUGUAAGAACUGACCUGCCCAUUAGUUACAUAUUGAAUGAACUAAACAGUGAGCCUGUAACCUUGUGCUGUUAGUCUUGAAAUGAUCCUGAUUUGUCUUUUGAUUUCUUGGGAAUUAAGUGUAUGUCCCAGUGUGGUUGAAUUAAUUCUGAUUGAAUUAAAACUGCUGGAUUUUGAUGAAAAGCAUUUACUUCAAAUGACUAAGGGACUGGACAUAUUCUGAUUAUGGAGUUUUUUUUAAGUUCAUGACAUUUAAUGGGAACUGUUCUUUUAAUUUAAAAGUGGUGAAAUCGUUUUUGGCAGGGAGCAGCUAAUAUCUGCACCAAGUUUUUACAAAUCUCAGGCUCAGUGGGAACAGUAUUAAGGUUUUGUUCACAGAUCAUAGUAAUGCUUUUUUUUUCCAUUUUUUUCCUCCACCUGCUGAAGCUCUUAACCAGUAAAUAUUUUCUGCACCAAAACAUCCAGGUAAAUGUUGAAACCUUCGUUCUGGUGAGCCUUCAACAUCAGGGAAUUGAGCCUUAGUUUAAAAAUAUUCACUGCUUUAUGUACAAUUGGUGUAUCUAAGCCCUUGUUCUAUAAAUAGAACUGUUGUGGGUGCUGCUUGGUGAUAUGCAAAGUUAACUUUGGACUAUUUCUGCCAAUAUCUGUUGGUGUCGUCUUUUCCCAUGUUACUAAGUGACAGUUUUUUUAAAAUCCAUUUUGUAUUUAACCAUUAGUAUAUAUUAGCAUGAAUUUUGCUUAAUAAAUAUUUUAACACUUUAAGUUUUGUUGACUGCUAGCAUCCAUGAAUUGCAAACUUUGUAAGUACUGUUCACAAUUAAAAAGGCACAAACAGGACAUCAUGGGCUAUAUUCCUCACUUGUCAGGUGCCAUGAGAAAA